AUGUCGAUGUCUAGAUCAGAUCAUAUGGCACCCGGUUUUUCGUCCCACCACUCCGCCUCUCAGGCUGCUCGAUCUCAGUCACCUGGUACUGGUAACUCCCCAGUUGAUCCAUCUGCCUCCACUGGGAGAUCUCCCUUCGGCCUCUCAAGCGGCAUAAUGGCGGGCAAUGCGCGGUCCGGCGCCAGCUCUCCGUCGCACGACAUGGCUGGGUCUAGCCGGCUAUUUUCCAAAAGAGCUCGCGAAAUCCGGGCCCAGGAAUGCAUCCCGGGUCUGCCGCUCAACCCGUGGGGUGGCCCUCCUACCAGCGGAAACUCGACUCCUCUCCGCGAGAAUAUUCCCGAGUCUCCCACCGACGGCUUUCCUGACUUUACCCCUCUUCCGACUCCUGAAAGUCUGCCUCACACCGGUAGAGCUCGGGCCGGCACAGUUCCGUCUCGACUGCCCGGCGGUCCAGUCAACGGCCUUUUGAACAUCCCAGGACUGGCCGCCAAAUCUGCCCGAGUUACUCCGUCACAAAGCCCGUUCGGAAAAUCUCCCUCUCCAAACCUAGACCACCCCGACAGUGCCACUGGUGGCUCUGCACUUCUUUCUCGGCUUCGUGCCGGGUCUAUGCCGCAGCGUAGCCAGUUCAGUACACUCCCCGGCACGACCUCACCCUUCGGCCCCUCCAUCUUCAGUAGCUGGAAUCCUGCUGGUGUUGGUCGUGAGCGAGGGUCAACUCUGGCGAGCAUUGCAAGUGUUGGCUCCAACGGACCUAGUUCACCUUCCCAAUCGCAGUUCUCCAAGGAAGGCGGCGGUGACUCUGAUGUGCAUAUGCGCACAUUGGACUAUCUCGGUCUUGCUGAAACCCCUCAACCUCCUCGUGCCCAGUUGGCGACACCGUACUUGGCCAACUUGGAUUUUACCAGGCAGUCUAACCGCUUCAGGUCAUAUUCCGUCAACAAUAAGGACAGGUACGCCGAUGAGGACGAUGACUACGAAGUCGACAGCUUGCCCAUGGAGAGCCAAUAUGUCGCUCUUCAGGAUCAAUUGGCCGCCACCAACGCCGCAAUUCACAGUCAUAACCUAGCUGUUCAAGCAUUCGUAAACCAGGCCACCGCCACGCGCCCCCGCGCUCGGACUGCUGGAGUUCUGGAAGCUCCUGGCAACCGGCUGUCCCGGGCUCACCUCCCUACCAACGUCGGAAUCCCCACAUCGGUUGCUCCCACGGAUAUUCGUUUGCAAGACGGAAAGGAAUACGAUGACCUCACUCAGGCAAUUGCAGGCAUAAAUCUUGGCAGGUCCAACAGUCUUAACGCUGGUCUUCUCACUGCGGAGGAACAAGGGUUGGAAGGUCCCACCAGUGCGUUGUGGCUCGGUGGUAUUCCGACAUCGACCACCACGUCGACUCUGAUUGAAAUGUUCAAAUGUCACGGCCCGAUUUCGUCAGCUCGUGUACUCACGCACAAGAACUGUGGCUUUGUCAACUUCGAGAGAGUAGAAAGCUCGGUAGCAGCAAAGGCUUCCAUGAACGGCAAGGAGAUAUUCCCCGGUGCUGGGCCCAUUCGGAUCAAUUUCGCCAAGCCACCCUCAGCAUCUAAUACCCCGGGUCAUGACGGCGCAUAUCCAUCUCCCAGCCCCGACCCGUUUGUCAAGGGCGAGGACAAUGCCAGCGGACCAGCUGGAAUCGCGGCUGCUGCCGAUGGCGCCUUGACGGCUAAUGGGGAAACUUCCACCCCCACAGUACCACCCAUGACUGAUUUAGCGGAAGACAUCAUGGAGAUUGUGACGCAGUUCGGAGCAACAGAUGAAGACAAGGCAGCCGUUUCACAGUAUGUCCAGUCCGCGAUACACUACACAGCUUAUGUCGAAGAGAUUCCUCCCAUCCGCGAGCCCACCCACACAAGAGUUCAUGACGCCCCGAAACUCAGAGACAUACGAAAGCGUAUAGAUAAUCAACUCCUGUCGAAGCCCGAGAUAGAGAACAUCGCCGUCGACAUGCUUCCCGAGAUUGCGGAACUCUCGUCGGAUUACCUUGGCAACACUGUUGUUCAAAAGUUGUUCGAACACUGCUCUGACCAGGUUCGAGAUGCCAUGCUUGCAGAGAUUGCGCCGCACUUGGCCGAAAUAGGAGUACACAAGAACGGUACCUGGGCAGCGCAGAAGAUCAUUGCCGUCUGCAAAACGCACGAGCAGAAGACGACGAUUGUUGAGCACCUCAAGCCAUACACAGUGCCGCUGUUCCUUGACCAAUACGGCAACUAUGUACUCCAGGGUUGUUUGAACUGGGGGCCUCCGUACAACGACUUCUUCUUCGAAGGCGUCGUCAGCCGCAUGUGGGAAAUCGCCCAAGGCCGCUGCAGUGCUAGGGCCGUGAGAGGAUGUUUGGAAUCCAAACUCGGCACAAGGGCUCAAGACAUGGUUGUCUCCGCCGCCACUGCCAUACACAGCGCGCAGCUUGCAACGAACUCGAACAGUGCGUUGCUGUUGACGUUCUUCCUGGAUUCUUGCGCGUUCCCAAAAAAGCGCACAGUGUUGGCCCCGCGCCUGGUUCCCCAUCUGGUUUACCUUUGCACACACAAGGUGGCUUAUGUCACUGUUCUCAAGAUCAUCAACCAGAAGUCGGAACCGGAGGCUCGAGACAUCAUCCUCAAGGCGCUUUUCUUUUCGCCCAAUGACCAUGUUCUCGAGGCCAUUCUUCACGACCCCAACUGCGGUGCCACGCUGAUCUUCAAGGUCCUGACGACCGCUUUCUUUGACGAGAAUGUCCGGACUCAAGUCAUAGAAAACGUCAAAACAGUUCUCGUCAGGGUCAAGGCUCAGCCUAACCAGGGAUACAAACGACUGAUGGACGAGGUUGGUUUGUCCACUAGAGCGGCUCCCUCUCGCGAAAACAGUGGCACUUCCGAUGGCCGACAGAGGCCAACUUCUCGACAAGCCAGCAACAGAGCCAAUAUAAAUGGCCAGCAUGCCCAAGGCGGACAGUCCAACAAUCAACCAUUCUACAACCCUCUCAACGCCCAGACUACCGCAGCGGGUCUAGAGACGGGCUAUGGCAGUCAAAUAAGCGACAAUGCCGACCCCAGUGUUGCUUCUUCAUUCCAGCCGUACGGGCAAGGCAUAAUGUAUGCCGGCACCCCAGCAGGUCCCAUGGCGCCGGCCGUGAGCUUGCCGCAGCUCCAGUACCCACAGAACAUGUUGAACCGACCGACGCCGCAGAUGGCGUACAAUUAUCCGACAAUGCAGGGUCCGUACACGACUUAUGGCACCACCCCGGCUCCGGCUGUUGAUCAGUAUCGUCAGCCAAGUUUGGCCAAUGGAAGCCCCAUUCAGCCCCCGGCAUCUCAGAUGCCCCCUCAGAUACCAACCGGCCAGCCGCCUUAUGCGCCUCCAGGCUUUGGGGUAGGAGUCGGCGGAUACGGCUAUGGGAAUGUGGGUGGUAUUCAAAGCAUGGCGUACAUGCCGCAAGACCAGAGUAGCAAUCGACGUGGUGGUCGCAGAUGA